CUCACCCGGUKAUUUCAAGCUCAUUAGAAAGACAAGACUGUUAUUUCGCUAUAUUUUGCCUCAUUAUUUAUCGAAAAUGGCACGACAAAUCCCUCUAUCAUGUAGUGGACACACUAGACCUGUUGUAGAUUUAUCUUUCUCAGAAAAUACGCCCUAUGGAUACUUUYUAAUCAGCGCAUGUAAAGAUGGUAAACCCAUGUUGCGGCAAGGUGACACUGGUGAUUGGAUAGGGACAUUUGAAGGUCAUAAAGGCGCAGUAUGGAGUGCAUCAUUAAACAAAGAUGCAACUAAAGCUGCAAGUGGCGCUGCUGAUUUCUCAGCUAAAAUAUGGGAUGCAGUAACUGGAGAUGAGCUUUCCAGUUUACCACACAAACACAUUGUAAARACUGURGAUUUUUCAUCGGAUAGUAAUCUUCUAUUGACUGGUUCUAAYGAGAAAUUACUCAGAAUAUAUGACCUGCAAAAGAUAGACGCAGAGCCUCAAGUGUUAAAAGGCCAUACAGCAAACCUACGUAAAGCACUAUGGAAUAAGGACAAUACCCUUCUAUUUAGUGGAGGAGAAGAUAAAGUUAUCAGGGUUUGGGACGUACGUACCUUAGAGAAUACUAAAAACAUAGACAUGGUUAAYCCAAUCACAAGUAUGGAACUCAGCGCUGAUGGUAGUAUACUUGUAGUAACCCAAGGAAGAACAGUAGCAUUCUGGGAUGCCUUCAGCAUGGAACUGAUCAAACAAUUUGAUGCUCCAACGAUGGUCUACUCGGCCUCACUUCAUCCUAACAAGUCAUGUUUUGUUGUCGGUGGUGAGGAUUUCCAGUUGUACAAGUUUGACUAUGAAAAUGGAAAUCAACUAGAAUCGUACAAAGGUCAUUUUGGUCCUGUUCAUUGYGURCGCUUCUCACCAGAUGGYGAGUUGUAUGCGUCUGGUUCUGAGGAUGGUACACUUAGAUUAUGGCAAACAACUGUUGGUACGACAUAUGGUUUGUGGAGAGCUGUACAAACAACCAAUGGAAAUAGCAGCAGCAGUAGUAGUAGUGGUGGUGGAACAYCUSUCAACUCUUAGAACGACAUAURAUAAUGAACUCAGUGCUAGAAUGGUYAUAUUUUACCAGUGAAAUACUUUACUAGACCAGUAUUACAAAGACUAUAGGCUG